AUGGACAAAUGACAACCUUAAUAUGGUUACACUAUUACAAGGCUUUUCCAAACUAAAGUGAAUCAAUCAAGCUCAGCUAUGUGUAUAACGGUGUUCAUGUGGCAAUCUCAUCCAAAAUACCCCUUCCUCCUCUUACUCAACAGAGACGAAUUUCAUUCUCGACCCACAGAACCAUUGGCAUGGUGGGACGGCGAAACAAUCUUAGGUGGUAGAGAUGUACUAUGCGGUGGUACGUGGUUGGCUUCUUCUAAAAAUGGUAGGUUGGCUUUUCUCACCAAUUUUAGAGAACUCCAAAACAUUCCACAGUCCAACACUAGAGGCGAUCUCCCACUUCGUUUUCUUCAGAGCGAUAAGAGUCCCGAGGAGUUUGCGGAGGAAGUGCUCAAAGAGGCUCAUCUAUACAACGGAUUCAACCUCGUAUUAGCUGAUAUUUGCACCUCCACAAUGGUUUAUGUCUUCAAUAGACCAAAUCAUGGUUAUCUUUCUGUUACCCCUGGAAUUCACGUCUUGACUAAUGCAUCAUUGGAUGCUCCUUGGUCAAAGGCUGAAAGGUUGCGUCAUAGUUUCAAAGAGCUUGUUGAUCAGUAUGGUGACGGUGAAUUUCCUAUAAAAGAAAUGGUUGAGAAACUAAUGACAAACACAGUUAAAGAUGAUGAUAAGUGCUUGCUACCAGGGAUUCGUCCUCCAGAAUUUGAAUUUCCUUUGAGUUCGAUAUUUGUCGACACUCAAUUUCCUUCAGUGGGGCCAUAUGGUACUAGGAGCACCUCUGCUUUGUUUGUUACAUCAAACAAAGAAGUCACAUUCUAUGAGAAACAUCUGGAUCAGAAGCAAUGGAAAGAUAACAUGGUAACUUAUCAGAUCAGUGAGACACGGUGAAUGGCAGGGAUGUGGUUUAAUUCUGUUGCUUAAAAGAAUGUUUAGUUAGUUAGAUACUAUGGUUUAGCCACUCACUAGCACCCUGUCAGUAUGAAUAAAGUGGUUUCUCCUCACGAAUUUAAUCAACCAGUCCAGUCUUACUCUGUUUAGUGAGGAUUGGAUCAGUUGCUUAUUUUUGUCAACUUGUUUUUCACAUUUUUCCCUCUCAGAUUAUUUUGUUGUUGUUGUUGAUCUUUAUACGUUAUAGUGACACCUGCACCAUGCACUGGUUUCAGAAUGAGCACAUGCUCACCUUGGGGCUAGCUUGCUUUUAUGAUGUAUAAUUAGUAUAAAUAGAAUUUUAACUGUGCCCUCCUUAUAAAUAAAAGUUCAGCGUGGAUCACACUUCUUUUUUCCCUUAUGUUA